AUGCUUCAUGCAAGAAGCACAUCCAGGUUAUCGAGCAUCGCUCUGACGACGCCGCCCCUUCGGUCAAUCCUCAUUCGAGCGCUGCAUGUCUCCUCAAUAGCGAAUGAAGUCGGAUCAAGAAUAGCUCAAGCCGGUAGUCCACCAAGAAUUGGAUCAUCGAGUGGAACGUAUGAGAGGAAAGAACGAACUCCAUUCAGCCGUGAUGGGGACAGAAACCAAUUCGGACAAUCCCAUCGAUCGAGUAAGCCUGCUUUUGGUAAAAAAUCGGGGGGAUUCAAUCAAGACAGGCCGGCUCUUAGAAAACCGGAAGGUUACAAUCGAAAUAAACCUACAUUCGAUAACAAGCCUGAUCAGGCAUACAGCCAAUCAUACGAUAAAGGCAGGCAUCUACCCACCUCAUCUCGAAGAUUAGCUUCUUUCGAGAGUCCUCCAGCUCGUCGUCCUAUACGACAGAGUACAGCCAAUGUAACUGAGGACAAUCUCGAAAGAACCCCAUCACCUCGAUUUCCUAAAGCGCAACCGUUCGAACCACCCACCUAUACUUCUCCUAUAACUCUAGCAGAUCCCGCUCAGGCUGAACCACAACCUUUCAAACGCUUCAACCUCACUCCUGGAUUACUUGAGUCUCUGGCAUCGCAAUUCGGUGUCGAAGGUAAAACAACGCCAAUACAGAGCUUGAGCUUUUCCGGCUUACUGUCGGAUUCGGAUGAAGCAAGUCAAAGGGUCAUUCUAGGCGCUGAGACCGGUAGUGGAAAAACAAUGGCUUACCUCGUUCCCUUGUUCCAUCAUCUCAAAGCUACUGAUCCUGGUCAGGAAUCAAAUGUAACAGCCGAUACUUCUCUACAUCCUCGAUCCAUCGUACUUUCACCAACUCACGAGCUCACUCGACAGUCUACGAGAUUCGCUAAAUCGCUCACGCAUACCACAAAGCUCAGUGUGAUGGGCUUGAGUAACACCGCUGCUGGAGGAGUGGGAGCAAGAAGAGGUGCAGUGGAUGUCUUACUGGGAACGGUAGGAAGUAUAAGGCGAAUGUUAGGCAUCCGGAAAGACAAAGAUGAAGAUGAAGAACUGGGCGACGUUGGAGAAGGUCUGUGGAAGAAAGAAGAGAAGUUUGGUUUAGUCAAGGGCGAUAAAGUAGAAUGGGUAGUCAUUGAUGAAGCGGACGUUCUGCUUGGUGCUGAUUUUCUACCUGAAACCCUAUCAAUCCUAUCAACCCUUCCUCUUUCCCAGUUGAAUCUGAUUCUGUGCACAGCUACUCUUCCACCAUCACUUCUUAAUUUGCUCUCAUCCCAUUCAUUAUUCCGCUCAACUCAAUUCACUCAUCUGCUUUCACCUGGAUUACACAAAUUACCAGCUAAACUUGAAACUCGAUUUGUACCACCUUCGAGAUCCGGUAAUCGACUCGCAGAUGUUGCUCAUGAAGUAAGACGAGUCUUUGCCGACGAUGCUAUCAAAGCGAAAACGGACGUCACUGUCGAGAAGUCAAAAGAGAAAACUAAGAUCGUUGUGUUUUGCAAUUCUGAUAGGAAAGUGGAACAGCUCUCGAGGACUUUGGAGAGUAAAGGAUUACCAUGUUUAGCUUGGACAGGAGAAGGUGAACAUCGUGUCAGAGGAAGAAAUGGUGCAUUAGAUGAUUUCCUCUUGACACAAUCAUUGCCGAAUCGGAAGUUCAAACAAGAUCACGCUUCAUCAACAUCAAACGCAUCUGAAGAACCGAUCCAAACGACAACAUCUAAUUCACCAAGAAUCUUGAUCACGACAUCACUACUUUCAAGAGGCUUAGACUUUUCACCUUCCGUCUCAUCGGUGUUCCUCCUAGAUCCUCCAAGAGACGUAUUAGAUUUCGUUCACCGGGCGGGAAGAGCAGGGAGAGCUGGUAGAGCUGGACGCGUCGUGGUGUUCGGUCUAGGUGACGGAAGUGGUGUAGGUAAGACAGGUGAUAGAAAGUCGAAAGGCCGAGAAUUGCAAGUUGGAGAGGUUUUGGGCAAGAGAGAGAUCAGAAGACAGAUGGUUGGUGGAAGAGUGAGACGUGCUAGACUAUAG